AUGGUGGCUGUUGCCGCUGCGGCCAUCAAGGUGGCAUGGGCCAACCGCGGGCAACGGCGCGCCGCGCAGGACCCCGCCCUGGCGCAGCCUGCAGCAGCAGCAGCAGCGGCGGCGGCGGCGGCGGCGGGCGCCUCGCCCGCCGAGGCGGCCAGGGCAGCCGUGCGGCAGGCUGGGCAGCACCUGGCAGCCUCCAACGGCUCGGGCUCGGAGCAGGCGGCAGAGGCGGUGGCGCCGCUGCUGCUGGCGGCGGAGACGGGGGGCGCGGCGGAAGAGACGGCCAGCCUGUCUCUGGAGCAGCUGCAGAAGAUGGCCACAGAGCUCUACAUGCUCAUCCAGCAGGUGUGCCCCCUGGCCCUGGGCCCCCGCCUCGGCAGCUGGGACGACCUGGCGCAGCAGAUGGAGGAGGUGGAGGAGCGGCUGGCCUCGCUCAAGGGGCGCGAGGAUGCGGAGGGGCGUGUGAUGGCUGCGGAGAAGGCGUACAGCGACCUGCAGUGGCGGCUGUUUGAGCUGGUGACCGCGGGGGCGGCGGAGCGGCAGCGCCGCGCCCUGCGCUCCCUGCUCUUCAACCUCACCACCCAGCGCCAGCUGCUGCGGCAGGUGGAGCAGCAGGAGGCCCUGAGGCUGCGCAUGAGGGAUGUGGAGCAGAGGAUCGCGUCCCUGCUGGCAGAGGAGCAGCAGCAGCCCGCAGCGGCGGCGGCGCAGGCGGCGGCGCCGCCGCCGCGCGGCCAGGAUUGGGCCGAGCCGCCGGCGGCUGCCGUGCAGCGCCGGACCGCGCUGCCGCCGCGGCUGAUGGGCAGGACGGCGGCGGAGGGAUCGCCUGGCGAGCUGCGGCUGCUGGCGGCGGGCGCCAGCAUACCUCACGACGACAAGGUGGCCACCGGGGGCGAGGACGCUUUCUUCCUCAGCAGCUACGGCCUGGGCGCCUUUGGCGUGGCAGACGGCGUGGGCGGCUGGGCGCUGGAGGGAAUUGACCCCGCCCUCUACCCCCGCCGCCUCAUGGCUGCCUGCGAGGAGUUCUUGCAGGAGCAGCGGCAGCGGCAGCAGCCCGGCGCAGCAGCAGCAGCAGCAGCAGGAGCCGAGGCGGAGGAGUGGGACGGCCCCUUCCCCGCCCUCACGGUACUGGAGGGUGGCUACCGCCGCACCGAGGAACCCGGCAGUACCACCGCCAUCCUGGCGGUGCUGGCGCCGGGCGGCCUGCUCAGCGUGGCACACCUGGGCGACUGCGAGCUGAAGGUGGUGCGCCAAGGAGCCGUCACAUUCGCCACAGAGGUGCUGGAGCACCAGUGGAACAUGCCUCUGCAGCUCAGCUCCGCCUCCUUCUACGACUGCGGCAGCCGCCCCGACGAUGCUGAUGUGCACGAGGUGGAGCUGGCGGCGGGGGACGUGGUGGUGGCGGGCAGCGACGGGCUGUGGGACAACCUGUGGGAGGAGCAGCUGCUGCAGGCGCGCAACGGCGCCGACGCGCUGGAUGUGGCUGAGCAGCUGGCGCUGCUGCUGGCGCGGGCGGCCCACCGCCAGUCUGUCGAUCCCACCUUCCGCUCUCCGUUUGCGGUGGAGCGGGCGCGGCGGGCGGCGGCGGGCGAGGCGGGCGGCAUGCUGUUGCCCGACAUUGGAGGCAAGCAGGACGACGUGACUGUGGUGGUCGCGGUGGUGGCGGGCGACGAGGGGGAGCUCCUGCAGCUGUUUGGCACCCAUGGGGAGAUAGUGAGCCUGCGGAUGGUGGCUGGAGGGGAUGGCCAGACGAGCGCCGCCCCACACGCCUUCGUCAAGUAUGCACUGCCCGAUCAGGCAACCGCGGCGAUACAAGCACUCAAUGGCGCCACCAUCAGCGGCUGCCAGCUAGUGGUCAAGUUUGCAGAUGCAGACGUGCAGCCACGAGUGGAGUCUGGCCGUCAGCCAUCAGAGUGGUGCUACUGCCGCAACCUCCCCGCCAACUACGCGCGGCAGGAUGUGGGCGAGAUGUUCCUGCCAUUUGGCACCGUGCUGGAGAUCCGGCUGUUCCCCAGCACCGAGCUGUACAAGGGCAGCGGCGCCCUGGUGCAGCUGCAGAGCGUGGAGCAGGCUUCGGCCGCCAUCCACGCGCUCAACGGCAGCUUCCCGCGCGGCGCCCAGCAGCCGCUGCUGGUCCGCUAUGCAGACAGCCCAGCGGAGAAGGCGGCCAAGCAGGCGCGCAAGGAGCGGCUGCUGCAGAAGCAAUCCUCGGGGCCCAACCUGUUUGGCAGCGGCAACCUGCUGACGGCGCAGCUGCAGCAGCAGCUGCUUGGCUUGGCCAUCGGCGGCUCGGGCCGUGGCCUGUCCAUGCCUGGCGGUGGCCUGGCUGGCAGCCCCGACCUGUCUGGUGACGUGCCAUCCAUGCUGAGCCUGGACAGCUUCCAGGACGGCAGCCUGGCGCCCGCCGCCAGCGCGGUGCUGCAGCAGCAGGCGGCGCUGGCGGCGCAGGGGGGCUCCACCACCGGAGCCUCCAUCUACAUCAAGGGCAUGCCCGAGGAUGCAGACAAGCUGUGGCUGUACGAGAAGUUUGCCAGAUUUGGCGGCAUUGCCAGCGUGCGUGUGCUGAUCGAUGAGCAGAGCGGCAAGUGCAACGGCAUCGGCUUUGUCAACUACGUGACUGGCGAGGCGGCGCGGCUGGCCCAGGAGUCCAUGAACGGCGUCAGCAUGGGCGACCGCCUGCUGCACGUCAUGGUGCAGAACCCGGCCUCGCGCACCCGCCCCGCGCCAGCUGCGGGGGCCCCAGCGGGCGCGCUGCCUCCCGCCUCGCUGCCGUCGCUGGCCAACUCCGCGCCAGGCGGCCUGUCGCCGGCGCGCCAGGCGCCUAUGUCUGCCAUGCACGCCGCGGCAGCCAACCUGGGCUUCAACACCAGCGCGCUGGCCAGCCUGCAGGCGGGCCUCAUGCCAUCGGCCACAAACGGCAUGCCGCUGCCGCACAUGCCCAACGGACUGCCGCUCUCCAUGGCCCACACCGGCUAUCCCGGCAUGGCCGGCCAGCCAGCCGGCGCCUCCUUUGGCACGCUGCAAUGGUGA